AUGGCUGCCGAACAGAAGCCACACCGUGCGGUGGAGGUGUUGGAGAUCGAGGACGAAGAGCAACGACAAGAACGCAUGCAUGGCCUACUUGCUAGACUGAAUGCGUCCUCGCCCGAAUCCAAUGGCAGUACCUCUGUGCCGCGACCAUUUGACUUCGGUGACAGGAGUACACAUCCGGCGGGACCUCCUUUAGAACUGCUCUCUCGUAUACAAGCAUUCCUGCCAGAACUCGCCGCAUCCAACGCAGACCUGCUCCGUAGAGCACAAGAGAAUCCGGAGAGUGUAGAUAUCGAGAACGUUGGCGAGGAUCAAGAGCAGUACAUCGAGAUGGACCUCGGUCUGGGGGUCUUCGAUCACCACGGUGAAAUCCCUGCAGGAAUCCCGGUGGCGGACGUCGACUUCGACGUGGCCAUGGGAAAUUCCGAUUCCGAUUCCGGCUCAAGCUCAGAAGACGAUUCGGACGACUCUUCGUCCGACUCCAGCUCCGAGGAAGACUCGUCCUCGGGCUCGGAUUCCGACUCAGACGUCGACAUCGUAGUCUCUUCCGGCCAAGAAAAGAAGGCACGGCCGAAGAAGCCUCUGCCAAAACGCAACUCCACCUUCGGAGAAGCAAAUCCAGAUAUCGUCGUUCUGUCCGAGACGGUAGAAGACUCGGCCCCCACAAAAUAGUGUCUGACA